CAUUCGCGAAGUAUCAGGAAUGGCCCUUUCAAGGCUUCCUAAAACGCACCGGGAUUGGGAACAAGACAAUAUACAAUCUCGAGUUCUAGCUGCAACAUGUCCUGGAGCACCUCUACUCCAAAGCCUUGGGCAUGCGUUCUGACAAGGAGACGUCCGCAGAGGCUGCAACCCCUCACAACGCUAGCGCACAUUCCAAGAUAUAUCUUGCCGCGGUUUGUCCUCGGAUAAAGCGUGUUCCGUGGACACCUGAAGAGGACGCAACAGUGCUCAAGAUGAGGGACAAGGACAGCUGCUCUUGGGAAGAGAUCCAUAACAUCCUACUCUACCAGACCCCAAAGGCAAUCCAGGGAUACUACUAUACUAUCCGAGCAGGUGUUGGUAAAGCCAAUGUCUCGGGGGGCCAGUUGCAGAAGAGACGGCAAGGCUGGCCCCGGAAGCAAACGUGAGGCUGGGCUGUGGAGUUGUAAGAAGGGCAUGAGAUUUUUAGAGGUGUUACAGGAAGUGGUGGUUUUGUCGGUGGAUAUUACGGAUUGACGGUCCGUAGUUAGAGUUGGGUGCUGGCGAUAUGGUUUCAUUUGAGCUUACUUUCUCUUGCUUGUUUCCUUUGUAAAGAGUUGUUUGAUUGGAAUAUGAGAAGAUUACAAAUCAGGCUAGCAAACAAAUAUUUUUAUACUAUC